AUGAGGUACACGUCGGCCGGGGUUCCCAGGGCCAGCACAAGGGCCACGCGCUGCAGCUCACCACCGGACAGGUUCCUGACAUCGUUGUCGACAAUCUCCUCGAUUCUCAUCGGCUUGACAACGUCAGUCUGGAACUGCGGGUUCAUGAAGGCGUUGCGGAUCUUCUUGAGCAUCAGCAUGCGCACGGAGCCGUCAACUUGGGGGCGAUCUUCUGCGGCUUGCUUGAGGUUUCCGGCGAGCAUGCGGAUCAGCGUGGUCUUUCCGGUUCCGUUCUCGCCAAGCAGAAUGAUGACCUGCGACUCGGUGAAUGAGCCUCCCUUGACCGACAGCUUGAAGUUGCCCAUGGUCUUGGUCAUCGACGGGUACGUGUACGUGUGGUGGCGUUUGAUCUCCUCCUCGGUAGCCUGCUCGACCAGACGGAACGACAGCGCCUCAUCACGGAAGCGCAUGUUCUCAGUCGGAAUGUGGCCGUCGAGGAAGAUGUUGAUGCCUUCGCGCACCGAGUAA